AUGGUUUCUCAGCGACCAGCAGGGGGCAGCAGCGACAGGAGGUUGUACACCCCAAGGAACAACGGCUGGAGACAUCAACCAUACAACCGCCAGGGUCAGGUACAAAAUGUCAAUCAAUAUGAUGAUACUAACAGUGUUUACAGGAAUGAACGGGUCGUUUAUCCCCCCAUCUCCGAGUAUGGCUUCAACGUCGACAUCGGAGGCGUGGUAAACGCCCUUCAAAGUGUAGGUGGUACCGUCAGAUGGCCUAAGAAGAGUGACAGACCAGACUCUAUGAAGGACAUGAGCAGGUGGUGCGACUUCCACCGCGACAAUGGCCACACAACCGAGGAAUGCAUCUCCCUCAAAAAGGAGGUGGCGUAUCUAUUGAAAAGAGGCCACCUGAAGGACCUACUGAGCGACAAAGGAAAGGAGACGUACAACAAGGAUAGCAGCUCCCAACCCAACCCAGCACCAAGCGGCGACCGACCAGCCCCGCCCACGUUCGAAAAAGUGGUAAACGUUAUUUCUGGUGGUUCAGAUAUAUGUGGACUAACUUCUUCUGCAGCUAAAAAAAUCAACAGGGGCGAAUCUGAAGCCGUCAAGGAGGGGCAGACCGAAGACGAAGUAGCACUCGACAAGUCAUUAGCGGCGAUGAUAAUAACCUUCGACGACUCAGAUUCAACCGACACAAUACAGGAACAUCAUGACGGGCUAGUCAUAUCGCUCCCAAUAGGCAACGCUCUCAUCAAAAGGAUAUUGAUCGACAACGGCAGUUCAGCAAACGUAUUGUUCCUAGAGGCUCUGCAGGAAAUAGGACUAGACGAAAAAAGUAUAAUCAGAAGGUCGACAGUCCUAGUAGGAUUCAGUGGAGAAUCGCUACGUACAGUAGGAGAGAUAUAG